AAGUCAACAAAUAUAAAAUUUUCAGAUUUCUAUGGAUGUCCCAAUAAUAAAAGUACAUGGUAAAAACGUGUAGAAUUAUUCGAAGAGUUGGAGCCUGAUCCAACUCGAAUGGAUUCAUUUCAUACUCCAAUAAAUUAUGAUAAUUAUUAUUGUUAAUUAGUGAGUGGGAUGAGCACAUAAUUCACAUUUCUUGCUUGCCACGUACACAUCACCAUUCUUAUCUAUCUAUAAAUAAACACAACAUCUUGUUCAUUUUCGUGGGAGUACAAGAAUGAUGCACAAAUUGACAUCCUCGUUUCGGAGGCUAACCGUGGGCAAGGAUAAGUUGGGCCGAUGUCGCCUUUACUCGCAGUUAACUCAACACCAAUCCCCUCUCGAAGAAUCAGAAUCGGCCGGUGGAGUCCCGACUAUACCAGCGUUCGACUACACUCCUCCGCCGUACGUCGGUCCCACAGCGGAUGAGAUCUUCCGUAAGCGUAAAGAGUUCCUCAGCCCUUCCAUGUUCUACCUCUACAAAAAACCGUUAAACGUGGUACAUGGGAAGAUGCAGUAUUUGUUUGAUGAGAAUGGGCGAAGAUAUCUUGAUGGUUUUGGAGGCAUUGCUACGGUGAAUUGCGGUCAUUGUCACCCUGAUGUGGUCCAAGCCAUUAUCAACCAAGUCACCACCAUACAACACUCCACCAUUCUCUAUCUUAACCACUGCAUCGCUGAUUUCGCCUCCGCCCUCGCCGGAAAAUUACCUGGCGACCUCAAGGUGGUGUUUUUUACAAAUUCGGGCACAGAAGCCAAUGAGCUAGCGUUGAUGAUAGCGCGAUUAUAUACAGGUUGCCAAGAUAUCAUAUCAUUGAGGAACGCAUACCAUGGGAACGCAGCUGGAACAAUGGGCGCAACUGCACAAUCCAACUGGAAAUUCAACAUUGUUCAGAACGGGGUCCAUCAUGCAAUAAAUCCAGACCCGUAUAGAGGAGCAUUCGGGUCUGAUGGAGAGAAGUACGCCAAAGAUAUCGAUGACUUGAUACAAUUUGGAACUUCUGGACAUAUUGCAGGUUUUAUUUUUGAAGCAAUUCAGGGAGUCGGGGGCAUUGUGGAAUUGGCCCCGAACUACUUACCUCCGGUUUAUAAUAGUAUUAAAAAAGCCGGAGGACUUGUAAUCGCGGAUGAGGUUCAGUCCGGAUUUGCUCGGACCGGAACCAACUUUUGGGGAUUCCAAAACCAAGGAAUUGUGCCCGAUAUUGUCACAAUGGCAAAGGGUAUUGGCAACGGGAUUCCACUUGGUGCGGUGGUGACCACCCCGGAAAUAGCAAAAGUUUUAACGCGUCGGAGUUACUUCAAUACAUUUGGUGGAAAUCCGGUUUGUACUGCUGCGGGCCAUGCUGUCCUUAAAGUUAUCGAAAGAGAAAAUCUUCAAGAAAAUGCUCAUGUUGUUGGAUCAUACUUGAAAGAACGUCUCACUGCUCUCAAAGAUAAGCACGACAUUAUCGGGGAUGUCCGAGGACGAGGAUUAAUACUUGGAGUAGAACUAGUGACUGAUCGCAAACUCAAAACUCCAGCGAACACUGAAAUAUUGGAGAUCAUGGAGACUAUGAAAGAUUUAGGGGUUUUAGUUGGAAAAGGUGGAUUCUAUGGAAAUGUGUUUAGAAUCACUCCCCCACUAUGCUUCACCAAAGAAGAUGCAGAUUUUCUUGUGGAUGCUAUGGACUACUCGAUGUCAAAGCUCUAAAGAUUGACUGUCAAAUUUGCCCCCAAACACACCUUGUACAAAAGCUUUUAUAAAGUAAGACAUGUCGACCGUCGAAAUUGUCUUAUAAUAUGCUAUAAUAAAAGCUUUCCCGAUACGGGAAAAUGUGUGACUUAACUGUUGGGCAAUAUUGAUAUACAGUGUAUGGGUCAACACCUUGUUGACCCUCUUUGUCCCGGACUUUAGAUACUUUAUUUAAUAACAUAUUUUUAUAAAGUAUUAUUAUGGAAGGAUUGUGUGAAUGCUAAGUUCUUUA